AUGGCGGCGACACGCGAGAAACCCGAUAUCAUCCCCGGUACCGAAGUCGUAUACAAGGAUGGAACUCAUGGAGAGAUCACGUCACCAAAGGACCUUGUCCUAAUCCCUCAGCCGACCUCAGACCCUCAUGAUCCUUUGAAUUGGAGCACAACAUGGAAGGCCAUAGUCCUGGGCAACCAGUUCCUCUUCACCUUCAUCACCAUCAUGACGCCGCUGUCCAUCUCGCCCCUCUCGGUCAUCUUUGAGCACGAGUUCCACAAGACGCUGCCCGAGGUGAACUUGCUCUUUGGCGUGGCCGCCAUCACGCUGGGCUAUGCCAACUUUCUCAUUGUUCCCGCGGCCAAUGUCUUUGGUCGCCGUCCCAUUCUCAUCAUUUGUUCCAUUGUGUGCAUCCUCGCAAACAUAUGGCAGGCCCUCGUCACCUCGUACCCCAGCUUCCUAGGUGCCCGUGUCAUUUCGGGUCUUGGUGCUGCAGCCAACGAGAGUCUCAUGCCCAUGGUCAUUGCCGAUGUGCUCUUCCUCCACCAGAGGGGCCGAGGCAUGACAUUUUACUUCUGGGCAUAUUUCAUGGGUCUGUUUAUUGGUCCAAUCAUGUCCGGAGCGAUUGCUUCUCAAAUCAACUGGCGUUGGUUUUUCUGGGUCUGCACGAUCCUGCAAGGUGUGAGCUUCUUGUUUAUCCUCGUAGCACACCCAGAGACCAAGUACGACAGGCCAUCACCUGGAUCGAGGUCCUCGUCGCCACCAGUGUCGGUCCAUCAGGUGCGCGAGGCCAAGGCGGGCUCCGUCGACAGCCGCACCUCGGGGACCGAGUCGGCACGGACGUCGACGGGUACGACACUGCGGCACCUGCCCUCGUCAACGCCGGCUUCAGGCCCGCGCACCGGCAAGCCCAGCCGUACGCAGUUCUCCUUGCUGCCCCUGCCGCGGUUCACGCGGGGCGGGCUGGCGUCCGUGGUGCGCGACGUCAUCUCGCCCAUUCAAAUCCUGUUCUACCCAAUCGUGCUCUGGGCCUCGUGCGCCAUGGGCUUUGCCUCCAACUCGCUGCUGGUGCUCAACAUUACGCAGGCGCAGGUAUUCGCGGCGCCGCCUUUUCUCUUUUCCCCGGACCAAAUCGGCCUCGUCAAUUUUGCCUUUGUUGUCGGCGCCGCCAUUGCCCUGGUCACCGCGGGCCCCUUUUCCGACUGGGUCGCCCUGCGCCGUGCACGUACCAAUAAUGGUGUCCUCGAGGCCGAGUUUCGACUGCCUGCGCUCAUUCCCUAUGUCGCCAUCAACCUGGUUGGCAUGGCCAUAACCGCCGUCGGAUACCAGCGCAGCUGGCCCUGGCCUGCGAUUGUGGUUGCUGGAUACAUGCUCGUCGGCAUUCAAGUCGUCGGUAUCCCCAGCAUCGUCAUUGCGUAUGCAGUCGAUUGCUACAAGACGUUGCCGGGCGAGAUCAUGAUUGCCGCAACCAUAGUAAAGAAUACAUUCGGGUUUGGCAUGAUCUUCUACAUCAACGACUGGGCGGCCAAGGACGGCUUCUUGGGUCCCAUUCUCAUGCUCAUGGCUCUCACCGUCGGCUUCUCCAUCCUUGGCCUAGCCGUCUUUCUCCCCUUUGGCAAGAAAUUCCGCCGCAUGACCAAGGACUCCAAGCUUCACUCUCUAUAG